UAUAUACACAUACAUAAAUAUGGAGAAAUAAACUGUUUCUGAAAAAGUCCUCACAGAGUAAAGCCAAGGCAAAAUGAGUGUGGUGAGGAUUUAUGAGGAUAUAAUAUAACAGUAUAGCUCAGCCCUGCUUGUAUGUAGCCUGGAGGAAGCACAAUCUCUGCUGACUGGAGCUUCCUGUCCAAUAGCCGCAGCUCACAAGUCCGUCAGUGGGAGUAAAAGAAGGAGCCGAAGAGAGACGGAGUGCAUAGGAGGUACACUGCUAAGGUUAAGAGUUGACACAAGUUUUGGGAGGAGGUGUGCUUGGACUUGGUUUGCAGAAACUCGGUAGAAAGCGAAGGGAUCUGCAGCUGGAGACAAAGACUUUUCAAACUUCUUCCCAACAUCUGGUCUGCUGGAGGACGGGGGGAGCCACACAGAGAAACUUUGGAGGCGGAGAGAAAAAACUAUUUCGGCUGCAGAAAAAUGCAUUGAAUCGGGGGGUGGGGGGGGAGUUGGACAUCUAUCUGAACCUUGGGGAGUUUUGGUUCCGGCGAAGUGAUCAGAGUGGAGGGACAGAAGACGGGAAAGGUCUUGGAAGGGCGAGAAGUAAAAGUGAAGUGGUCAGAAAAUGAAUUAGCCCGGAGCUCGCCUGCUCCGAGUCCCAGCCAGAGAGAAGGUAAGAGAUUGUUUUUUGUUUUUUUUUUCAGUCAUGUUGACGUUUAAUGUCGUUAUUCCUUAGUUAAACUGCAGACAUAGGAAAUUGGUUCUGACACAUCACGGUAUCAACGUGCACGGACACGUUUUGUGACAGCAGGGCGCAGACCGGCAAUAAAGGUAAACAGAAAACGCCCGUUACUAGAGAACAGUAACAAUUAGUGUGAGAGUGCUUCACGCUGCAGAGCUGCCUCUUUACAACGAACAACUGUUUUUUUCUUUUACAAAAGUCCAGAGUUAUCCUGCAAUUUUUAAUACCCCGUAGAAGUUUAGCACGAGUUUCAGUGCGCGCUCAUCUUAUCGCUGUUUAUCUGAAACUUCUUCAAUCUUACAACAUCUGCCAACUUCAAGUUUUCAUUCAAUUCGGGGACAUAAAAAAACCCUACAAACUCCGACAAAAGUCGAUGUUUGUUUUAUUUGUUUGUUUACGUUACGACAGUUGAUGCCUAUACCUUGUCAUUAGAACGUUUUGGUGGCGCAGACGUGUAGCGCGCCGCGGGAGCGCGCAAACAGCUGGACAGCUGAGCCAAACUCAAGUUGGCACGUGACCUAGAAACUGUAGCAAAUUAACUUUUUGUCUUGGUAUUAUAUUAAAAAAAAUGCAUUAACAGCAACAAAGACAACCACAACAAAAAUAAUAACAGUAAUAAAUAAAUAAAUAAAAUAAUCUUAGGAAAGCAGUUUUUUGUACAUAACUUAAUGAUAAAUGAAGUCAAUUAGUUGCAAUGUUGUAAAGGUUGUUCUCCAUCGCUUCACUACUGUUGGACCAUCUGGCUGCCAGUACCAUGCUGUGUCCAAUCCCUUCACUUCUAGUUCUUCUAAAAUGAUCAUCUAUUUCUUAUUUGUUACUUGUUUCUUUCAACAUUCCCCAUAACAGUUUUCAAAUAGUGUUUGUCUUCUUCAAUUGUAACAGGUUUAAAUAUUUACAAUGUUCAAAUUUUAGUGCUGCUGCACAUUUCACAUCAAUCAGUAACCUAACAAUUUAAGGAAAGAUACAGGCUGUUAAUGUUAAAUCACAGUCAGAAUAGAGAAAUUCUUAGGAAUUUCUGUCGUGUUACCAGAGUUUCAUCAGAACAACACACCAGUUCAUCACUUCCUUUCGUGAUUCUUUUUAGAAUAGCUAAAAGGGAUUCAUGCUGGUUCAAGCCUUGAAUGACGUCACCCUAAAGUUGGCCUGUUUUAGGUCAGUUUGAGCAUCAACAGGGAACUUUCACAUGACAGAGAGUGACAACCUAAUAACGUAAUUUACGCUUGUCUCCCUUCUCCAAUCCAGGCCCACUCCUUGGCCGCUCCACCUCCUUCCAAAAGAGCCAGACUGACGUCCAUGGAUGAGGAGGGGAAGAAUGCUCUUGCCAUAUCCCCAGACCCUCCCAGUGAUGGGGACCCCGGUUUACCGGAGCGACUACUAAGUCCACAUGAACCCUCGCCCCCCACAGAUAGAGCCAACCGCUGCCCAAGCCCAGAACCAUUUCUCACUGAAGAUGUGGUCCACACCUACAUGGAGCCCCUCAUAUUGAGGUCAAACGGCACCGUGAUAGACCAAGAGGACGCGUGUAAUCGGAUCCUGCCGCACUCUGAGCUGACAACACCCAACAGGAGUAUCACAUCUCAACCAGGAGCCAGAUCAACGCCCAUCCAACAAACCCAGCCAUGUCGGACGCAGCCGAGCAGCCAGCUACGAAACGGAGCCAAGCAGCACUCGCAGACACACUCCCCUCACACACACUGUACUCAUCACACACAUACGCCGAACACACAUCGACACCAGUUGAACGGGGUCAGAAACGGGGGCCCUCAUCCUAAACUAGGAUCCCUCCCGAGAGGAGGCUCGUCCACGUCCUCGUCCUCCUCGGCAGGGCCGAGACACAGCAAAAGAUUGCAGUCCAACCCGUCCAUCACCUCCCAGAGCAGCAAGAGGAGCAAGAGCAGCUCCAAGAGCAACAGUUCGCAGAUUCCUACAGAAGCACAGGACGGUGAGGACACUGAGGGCAUGACGAGAGGAAGAGACAAAUACCAAAGCGUGUAUCUGACUGUGUAUCUGACUGUGUAUCUGACUGUGUAUCUGACUGUGUAUCUGACUCUCUCUUCCGCUGCAGAUUGCUGCGUUCACUGUAUCCUGGCGUGUCUCUUCUGUGAGUUCCUAACUUUGUGUAACAUCGUGCUGGACUGCGCCACCUGUGGGUCCUGUGCGGGCGACGACUCAUGUUUCUGCUGCUGCUGUGCGUCGGAGGAGUGUGGCGACUGUGACCUGCCCUGUGACAUGGACUGUGGCAUCAUCGACGCCUGCUGUGAGUCUGCAGACUGCCUGGAGAUCUGCAUGGAGUGCUGCAGCCUUUGUUUCUCCUCCUGAUGGCUCGGCCGCCACCGCAACUCAGCCCCCACAAGCCCAGGAACAACUUUGACCAAUAUGUCAUUAGCGCUGAAUGGCCGCAGUCAUUGUUGCCUGGGAUCCGUGGUUCACAUUAUACUGGCUGACCCAGUUGGCUCUAUAAUAAGUCCAAUACUUCUUACAGGGUUUGCCAAGUAAAAGAUGUGACCUAAUGCUAACAGCAGUCACUAUUGAACUUUUUCUUUGCUACAUUGACGCAGCAACGGGACACUUGGUCCCUGUUUUUGCUGUUGGUCCAUUUCUACCCAGCUGGACAUGUGUGCAGAGUGAGUUCCAGCUGUGGUCAGUGGGAGCUUGCCAGGCUAACGCCGUCUCUGGACCCUUAUUGAACAAAUGAUUAUUAUUAUUAUUGUGCCAUUGGAACGACUGGAGUUCUCCAAGCAUGAAAAAUGACCUCUGAAGGCAAAUGAGAAAAUGGCUCCAUUUAACUGGAUUUUAAUGUUUCUAUAGAUAAGAGCAGCAGCAUAAUGGGAAAAUGGACGCUCAGAUCUCAGUCCAAUUGUACUCUGACCCUCUGUCCUCUGUCCUCUGUCAAGGUUAACGUCCUCUUGUUUGAGUGCAAGCAGUGGACUAGGCAAAGGAGAUGAUGAUGUCAAAAUCGCCGCUUUUAUGUACCAAUAGAAAAAAAAAGAAAAACCUUAAGGGUGGCUUGUGGCAAUAUUACAGACUGAUGUUUGGUUAACGUGCAUCUCUUUAAAGGAACUCACUAAAGAUUCAUGGAAGUGUCAUUCAUCAAACUGGAGGAAGGAUGGAAGAGAGCGCUUUACCACAAGUCCCUUGAUGUUUACUUUCAGUAUUUUGUUUACUUUAACAAAUCUUUUCUUUUUUUUUUCUUUAAAGGGACUUUGACUGUACUCGGUAAAUUCUUCCUCGUUUGAACUGGUCUGAACUGGUCUGAACUGGUAUAGGACUGGAACAGCAUCAUCUCUCCUUUCUUUUACACAUUUCAUUUUCUCUUUGACAAUCUUUGCUAUGUGAACAAAUGGCUCAGGCUUAGCUAAAGGCCUGAAUUUUCAAAUAGACCCUGUUGCCAUUACUAAAUCUCUAUUAAUCCUUAUUUUGUAGAUUUUAGUUCAGAUAUUUGCAUUUUUUUCUUCCUCAAAUGUGAAAAUCACAUUUCUGUGUUAUCGGGUUUUGCCUCUCUGUGAAGCAGACGUUGCUCAGCAUCUAAUUUAAUUCCUGGAGUGAGAAUCUCAGCGUUGUACACCCUCUGAGUAUGAAUGGUACAAUUCAGAUAACAAACCCACUCGCUCAUAUGCUGCCACACAUUCCAUCUCCAAACCAAUACCUCUCCAGAUGUCACCUAGAUCUGUUGCGCCUCGUCGAGUGGCUCGAUGCAAAUCUCCCUUCCCUCUGAUCGAAUACUGUUUGUGCAAUUCAUUUGUCUUUGAAACACUAAAGAUUUUUUGCUAAUACUGGACCUUAGUUCCUGAACCUAGAACUGCUUGUACAUAGAAGGGUUUUUUCUGCGCUAACAUUGCUGUGGUCGAUGAAACCCUGUUUUUAAGGACUGAAAUCUAACACUGUUGAUGAUAAUACACUAUGGCUGUAAUUAACCUGAUAACACAGAAGCAGAUUAUGCAAGUCUUGGAAAUUCAGCUAACACACUGAGAAGAUAAUAUGACUCCUGACGUCUGUACAUAUCAGACUGGAUCCGUCUCUUUUGGGACGUGUUCACACUUUAAUGCAACAGUUUCCACGGCAAAAAAAGAAAAAUAAUAAUUCCUGCACAACAAUGCAAUACUUAACGAUAGGUGAAAAAUUGUUACAGAGAGAACUGCAUUUUGUACUGGUAGGAUAUCUGUUAUAAAAUAUUGAUUUUUUGUUUUUACAAGAUAAUAUUUCCAGAAUUGUUGCUACACUUUCUGAAAAAACAAACAUACAGUAGGGAUUAUUGUUGGAAAGACUGAUGGUAAAAUUUAGACCAUUAGCAAUUUUUUCACCAACUAGCAUCAUUCAAAUAGGCCAAAAAAAAUGAGAAGAUAAAAUAUGUCACUUAAAAUUGAAACAAUUUAUAAUGCUUUUAAAUGUUUAGAAUCAGAAUUUUUGGCCCUUUAAAUGUUUACACAUACAGCAGGGGAAAUGUUUGGACUGCAGGCGGUCUAGAAUAGUUUCAAGCCCAUGUGGGUCGGUCCAAUUUCUUAGCACUGUAAUAAUGUAAUACCAUCAAAGACAGUGGUUCUAAAAAUCAAUAACAUCAAACAUCAAAUUACACAAAGUUCAAAGAAAGAAAAUAAACGUGCAGUUCUGCCAUCAUCACUUAAACCUUAAAAAUGUCCAGUGGGGCCCGCCCCACACUUUGAGAAGCGCUGACCUAACGUCACAGUUGUGCAAAUGCAGCAGCAGUUUCUGCCUAUGGGCCAUUUUUUGCUGAUAAUUUGACUCUGAUAUUUUCUCACAACAUUUGAAACAGGGUUUUCUUUAAGUCAUAGGCAGUCAUGUCAGCUUUUGGACUUUUCUUUUUCAUUUAGCUGUAUUAAACUAGUUUCCUUAUUUGUUUGCUUUUUUAGGAAGUGUAUCAACUUUUCUGGAAAUUCAAUUUUUAAACAGUACAUUGGUUUGCGGUUACACUCCUCAGAACAGACCAACCAGCAGUACUUGUGUGAUAAAUAUCCUUCAUAUUGAAGCCGAAUUUUUAAAAAUGGGUUUCCUAUGACUCCUCCUGCAGUGGCCUGGACGUGUCACUGUCUCUCUCUCUCUCUCUCUCUCUCCCUCUCUCCAUCUUUCUUUUUAAACAUCCUCUAUAAAUCAACUAAAGGUAGAUAUUAGCAAACUAUCUUUAAGGCUGAGUCAUCAGGGCUUCAGUGAAUAUAUUACAGAGAACGUUUUUUAUGUGAUUCCAAUUGGCUUUUCUUAAAAAACAAAACAAUAGGUCUGCUGUUUUUUUCUAACCAAUCACAUUUGACAUGUUGUUUCCAAUCACUUAUGACUGUGCACAACCACAACCCAACCGGAGAUCAGGUUUCAGGCUCCUGCCCUCAGUGCUGCAGUGACUUACUCUGCUUCAGCACAAAUGGGCAAUUUUUAGAUACGAAAAAAGUCAUUUGUCGUGUCACGUAUAUAUGUAGAAUUUUGCUUUUUUGAAAUUUUAUACAUACAGUAUGUCAGAAUUUCGACAGCACCAAAUUGGUAAAGUAAACAAGUGAUUGUUACACCAGUUAGUUGCAGUAGUAAAAGUACAGUUAUAUGUGUUUCGCUGCUAAACUCACUAUGUUGGUCUUCACUUUACUGAUUUAACUCAGUUGAUCACAGGCAGAAUAAUGACUUCACCCUCAAAGAGUUUGGUGUGUUUACACUGAAAAGAGCUUCACAUCUCAUGAAGAAGAGAGAGUCUGGAGGCAUGCAAAGCACUGAUUGGUUGGUUUGGAGUUGGAGGAAACCUUUAAGACAUUGAAGUCCCAAAAUAAACACUGUUCUUGCACUUAAAUCACUGGUCUGGAUUUUAAAAGAUGAUUUGAUGAUCAAUGAUUUUUUUUUUUUUGUUCUUGAUGCUUUGGUUUACCAGACAGACCAUCAUCUCAUUUCCUCUAUCGUAAGGGCGCCCUAUAUGUCAUUUAAGCUAUAUAAUUCAUACUGGAAGUUGGUAUUUGUACUACUUUUUUUAUAUAAUAAUCAGAAACUGAAAAUUCUUAUAAUUAAUGAUAGGUUCUUAUUGUCAUUGAUUUAGAGCUCUGGCCUCGGCCAGCAAUUUGGAAUCUCCUGUUACCCAGCUGAAUUCUUACCAGACUGUAGUCCACUGUCAUGUCAGUCUGUUUACACUGCCCCCAUGUAACCGUCAUUUGAAUUACAGUCCUGGAAGUCACAUUAAAGUCUCUUUGUUUAUAACUGAAUAAACAAUGUGAACUC